CGAUUGCGUUGCGCGUGGUUACAAAGAGCUCGUUUAGUUUCCAAAAACAAUUAUUUUUGAGCGUCGAGCUGCAAAUAUAGGCGAUCAUGGGGUUUUUCGACAGGCUGGGGAGGUUGUUGGGCUUAAAAAAGAAGGAACUUAAUGUCCUUUGUAUAGGACUCGAUAACAGUGGAAAAACCUCAAUCAUAAAUAAGCUUAAACCUGACAAGUGUCAGGCGCAAGAUAUUGUUCCUACUGUUGGGUUCACAGUAGAAAAGUUUAUAUCUCAAAGUCUUAACUUUACUGUAUUUGACAUGUCUGGUCAAGGAAGAUAUAGAAAUCUAUGGGAACAUUACUAUCAAAAUGCUCAAGCUGUAAUAUUUGUACUGGACAGUAGCGAUCGACUACGAAUAGCAGUAGCAAGAGAAGAGUUAGAACUUUUAUUAAAGCAUUCAGAGAUUGAAAAGAAGAGGAUACCUAUUCUAUUUUUUGCCAAUAAAAUGGAUUGCGCUGAUGCUAUCACUCCUGUUGAGUGUACCCAACUAAUGCAUUUAGAUUCCAUAAAAAAUAAACCUUGGCAUAUAUGUGCUAGCAAUGCACUUACUGGAGAAGGACUCGAAGCUGGAGUUAACUGGCUUACAGAUCAGAUCAGCUCCUCGUGAAAUAAUGGCGCACAUUACAAUACGAUUGUCUUUGAACAGAGUUUAAUAGCACACCAUUUUGUUUUUAUCAUAGUCUUAGCCUAAUAUUUAUGUGACUUCAAUGUAAAUGUGCAAUUAGUCACCUAGACAGGCAUCCUUUCAGCUCACUAUCCGUUCAAAUUUCCCUCCUGAAGCUGUGAGAUAAAAAUUCUGACGAGCUAAAAGAAUUUGAGAGACUCUUAAUGAUUUAAACUAAACGGUUUACCACCAUCUGACAAACUGUCAAGGGUCACUGUUGAGCAAUAUUGUAUAGUGUACAUACAUGAGUGUAUGAUAAAAACUCAUAACACCUGCCACGGGUGGCAGCUAGCUUAAGUACAGGACUUUUGUCCUCUUCUGGGGCCCUUUCCAUUCAAAAUUUCCAAAAAAAUUAAAAUAGGGAAAAAUGGUUCAGACAUUUUCCUGAAAAGUUUCUAGAAAAUCUAGAAAUUGUUUAAUUCCGAAAAGCAUUUAAGCUUCCGAUUCAACCGAAAAUUCCAGGAGGAAGAUUAAAUGGAACAGAAGUUUCACGUUAGAAAUGUCUGAAAAUUUGGGUAUAGCUUGCAAAGUUGACCUCUUUUCUGGGAAUUCUAGAAAACAUGCUGUUCCAUUUGUCACUGGAAAUUCUGGAAAUUCAAAUUUUUCAUCGGGUGGAAAGCGCCCCUGGCCUGAACUUUUUAACCUGUGUAUGCUACAGUGUAAAUGUUUACUAGAUAUUAGGUCACAUUGUGCGUAGUGGCACAGUUAUUCAGGAGACUGGGACCUAUCAUUCUGUCUCUGUCAGUUGAGAUUCCGUGAGAGCUGUUGCUAAGCAACUUGAUCGAAUGUGACGUCAUUCUGAUGACGCUAUCGGACAGGUGUGCCUGCAACUGGUUGUGCAAGAAUUUUACGGCGCAAGGUACCCUGGUAACUGGAAGCAGUGUAAAAAGAGCGCGUGACACUGUCAUGCGCAUUUGCUGUUGUGCUUCACGGGGAAGGUUUUAAGUUGUAAACCAAGCGCCAGAAGACUUGAAAGAAAGUAAAUGUAAAAAGUAAAUUUUUAACUUGCUGCAGUGUAUUGUAAAUCAGUGAAUUAGCUUGGCCAUACCAUCGUUUACAGUUCACUAUUUAUAGACGAUGAGCUCAAUGUUUCUAUCAUAGAAAAAAUAAAUGAAAUUAAAAUUAGCUUUUCUUCACCUACGCGUA